ACUAGUUGACUUUUAUCCAACUCAUUUGCUUGUGAUGAUUUUUUAAUUUAUUUUGGUAUUGCUAUAAUUAGUUCCCUGUAAUUUUUUUUUUGGAUAUCCAUCUUUUUUUCAUUAAAUUGGGGGAUAUGUUAAAAGGAAUGGUUGCACUUUUUUGAACUUAGGUGUUGCUGGUGGGACUGCAUCUGGCAAAACAACUGUUUGCAAUAUGAUUAUUUUGCAGCUCCGUGAUCAACGGGUUGUUCUUGUCAAUCAAGAUUCGUUUUAUCACUCGUUGAGUGAUGAGCAAUUGGAAAAAGUCCACGAGUACAACUUUGAUCAUCCAGAUGCCUUCAAUACAGAGCUUUUGCGUUUAUGCAUGGAAAAAUUAAAACAUGGAGAGCCAGUUAACAUCCCAAAUUAUGAUUUUAUGAGCCACAAGAGCACUGAACAAGCACGCAAGGUUAACCCCUCAGAUGUCAUCAUUGUAGAAGGAAUUCUAGUUCUUCAUGAUCCUCGAGUCCGUGAUCUCAUGAACAUGAAGAUCUUUGUUGAUACAGAUUCUGAUUUGCGGCUUGCAAGAAGGAUACAACGUGACACUGUUGAGAGGGGCAGAAACGUUCAAAAUGUGCUUGAUCAAUACGCUAAAUAUGUAAAGCCUAGUUUUGAGGAAUUUAUACUCCCUUCAAAGAAACAUGCAGAUAUCAUCAUCCCUCGAGGAGCAGAUAAUGAUGUUGCAAUUGACUUGAUAGUACAGCAUAUUCAUACAAAGCUUGGCCAACAUGAUCUGUGUAAAAUAUAUCCAAAUGUUUUCGUUAUCCAUUCGACAUUUCAGAUACGUGGGAUGCACACACUUAUACGCGAUGCGAAAACAGCAAAUCAUGACUUUGUUUUCUAUGCAGACCGACUUAUUCGCUUGGUUGUGGAGCAUGGUCUAGGUCAUCUUCCUUUUACUGAAAAACAGAUCAUUACUCCGACAGGAUCUGUAUAUACUGGAGUGGUUUUCUGCAAAAGGUUGUGUGGAGUCUCAGUCAUUAGAAGUGGAGAAAGCAUGGAGAAUGCAUUAAGAGCGUGUUGUAAAGGAAUCAAGAUUGGUAAAAUUCUCAUCCAUGGAGAGGGUUACAGUGGUCGGCAGUUAAUCUAUGAGAAGCUGCCAGCAGACAUUUCAAGCCGCCAAGUGUUAUUGCUUGACCCUGUUCUGGCUUCAGGAAAUUCUGCCAUCAAAGCUAUAUCUUUGCUGCGCAGCAAGGGUGUACCAGAAUCUAACAUCAUCUUCCUUAACCUCAUUGCAGCUCCUGAAGGAAUACGUGCUGUUUGUAAGAAAUUUCCACUGCUGAAAAUUGUAACAUCAGAGAUUGAUUUGUCACUAAACAAGGAUUUACAUGUGAUCCCUGGUAUGGGGGAAUUUGCGGAUCGCUAUUUUGGAACUGAUGAUACUACUCCCUUGACGCGCCAGCAUAGCAAAGAAUUGUGAACUUUAAAGAUGCUUAAUUUUUUCCUUCUUUUUUUUUUUUUUUUUUUUACCAACAAUUCUUUGCUUUAUUUAUUUGUUGAGGAUGAAUAAGCUCUGUUCAACAUAGAAUCUCUGUGGUUCUUCACCUUAACUAACAAACGAUGGUUUUUUAGGGGAAAAUUUUGGAGGCAAUAAUAUUGGAUGUUUCAAAUU